UAGAGGGAUCUGCGUCAGUAGUUCUGUUUUGUCUCCCCUCGGCUGCUGGAGACACAGCCCCGGGGCGCUCGGUGUCUCUCUGCAGCCCGACGGCCGUCGAUACGCGUACGGGACCCGCGCUCGGCGAAGGCGCCAAUCACAGGCCCCCGACACCAACACCGACACUGAACUGUGAAGUGCAAGAGUGUUAAGGAUUAGCUUUUCUCCCGUUUCAUUUGGACAUGCUGACAUUCACCUCAAAUGGACUUCAACCGGCAGCCACUCUGGGUGCACGGACCACUAUUAUGCCCUUUCGCGUUAGGCCUGUGGUGGUGCGUGAAGAGGCUGUCGCCCCCGCUGAUUGGCUUAUUUGAGUGCUAUAAGUAGUGAGGAUGACCUCAUCAAAAGGGGGGGGGGUCUUUGCUUCUGGGACAAUGCACCAUGCUGCACCCCCCCCCGCCCCCACCAAGCUUGUUCAUGUCAUGGACACAGGCCACACGAAUAACCUGCUUUGCCUUUUCUCCAGGAGCAAGGAACAAGGUUGUAAGAUUUCUCUCACACACUCUGUAUAUUAAAUUUCAAUGGCCAUUCUUGAAAUAUUUCGUAAACCAGAAGGCCAUCGUAUUCGCAUUUCAGCUUGAUUGAAUUGUCCCCCGUUCCCUUUGGUCGCUACCAAGGCUCGCAAACCUGGGAAACAAAUGGCUAGUUUGGGUGUGAUUGUGUGACAGUUUCAGCUCAGGAAACAUGGGCAGUUUGAUGAAAAUGACUUUGUAAUAACACAAAGCCCCUGUUUCUUUUUUUUUAAAUCAAACCUUCAGGUUGCAGACAGCACUACCUUGUAGUAGGAGCAGUCAUUGCAGUUUUAGUAAUGGCUAAAGACAUACGGUAAUUGCAAAUUUCACGGAGAAUGGUGGAACCGUAAUUCUUAUUUCCACGUAAGCAUUUAGCAGAUGGUCUUAUACAAAGUGGUCUGGACACUUUUGAUUUUACAUCAAAUCCGUUUGUAUAGCCGGAUAUUAACUGGAACAGCCUAAGUACUUUGCUCUAGAGUACUUGGCAGUACCCCCAGCUGGGAUUUUACCCUCGGGCAGCCAUUGCACUGUACUGCCACCCCACUGCUGUUGUGUCUGCGGUUGCCGUGGUAUCCCCUGCGUGGAAUGGUCCCUCCUGGAGGCGAGGGGAAGACGUGCAGGGGUAGUGACACGGGCGUGGUGAACACCUGUAGCCUGACUCCUGUCCCCGAGUAGCGGCCUCCUUCCUCUCGGGGGCCAGCCAGCCCACCAGCCAGCUCCGCUCUUUCAUGAGGCGGGCGGCGGCGGCGAGUCGCCAGCGGUUCCUCGGGUUUCACAACACUGGCGCGACCGCGACGAGCCGGCGACGGCGCGAUGUGCGCGCGCGUGCCAGCGAGCGGCUGUUUGGCAUUCAUCUCCCGUUCGCAAGCUUUACGCCUUCAUUUUAGUGGCUGUCAUCGCUCUGGUUCUGUUUUACUAGACUGAAAUAUUGAGCUCUUUGAGCCGAAACAAAGUCUUGGCGUUAUUCAUUCCGCAGGAUGCGAGUCAGACAGAAUUCUUGUUAGAACAGCGCCGCGUCUGCUCUCUAAAACCACAGGCCCAUGCCUUUUUAAUCACGCAAGCGGCCCUCCCCCAGCCUAAUGUCUUUCCACAUUUUGUUUCGGAAGACAAUCAGCUGUCAAUAAUAUAUGGAUAUGUCACCAGGGGGGAAUGGUCCACGAAAUUGGUCAGAAAAAAAGCGAAUACAAGCGUCCCCGCCUUUAAGAGUCAGGCAGGGGCCAGACAUUUACAGAUAUCUACUAUGCCCAAGCGGAUGCUGUCGAAUGGGCAUUCAGUCUGGCACGUAUGCAAUUAGCAUAGGCAGUUGCCAAAACGUGUCAUGAUCAACAGCUUUCCUGGCUGCCCGCAGCAGUUAGCUACUCCAAGGUUCAAUAAAAAAUAUGUGAAUCUUACACAUCCUAAUUCUUUUAAAAGUAGCCUAUCACUAUUAUUUUCUGGCAAUCAAUAUUCACAAAUGAACAUAGUCAAUCCAGUUUCCAGUUGCCCACAAGGAAAUAACCCCGCACACCCACCAUGGCCUGUACUGUCACUGCAACAGGUUGCAGGGAACCUUCCGGUCGAAUGGGUGCCUUUUCUGGAGAAUGUAACUGCAAAAAAACGGGAAGCAUCGUAAUAUCGUGACUGAGAUGUCAACUAUUUGCGACGAAUAGCCUUUUAAUUAUUUACGCCGAGAUAGAACAAAGGAGUUUCAUUGAGUCUGUCAAUGCUUACACAUUUUUUUAAUCUAAUGAACACAAAAUUGGCCGCAUGCAUUGUGUGCACAACAGGCGCAAUUCGCUCGGUUUUGUGUUUUCUUUCCAGCUUAAAUUCCUCCACGACGCAAGGUUUAUAUGAUAGAUAAAUCAACGCAUUCUCUAACGUCUUUGUUGCUACUACGCAUGUUUUGGCUUGUGUAAUGCACAGUUAAACAUAUACAGGCUAUAUCAAGGUAUCCCGCAUUUAUCAUUCCGCUUUAUUAUUAUGCCUACCGGGAUUGACUUUUUGACCAGUUCAUCGAUUAUCCAACAGACUUUAUUAAAUGCAUCCAUGCUCCAUCCACGUGCAGCCUACAGCUCACUACCGUGAGAGAAUAAAUGCGGAGAGACUAGUAUACAAUAGGCUAUAUUUACUAGAUAUAAACGGGAUAAACGCAUAUCCAUGGUGCUCCUAAACAACAAAGAGCUGCCGGAGCCGUUUGUCUAAUUUCGUCUGGAAUUCCGGCGCUUCAUUAAAGAUUCAUGCGACCUGAUUUUUAAGAGGGUAGUUGUCCUCGCUGUGGGGGCACCGCACACUAUCUGGAGCGCUCGCGAUGGCACUUCAUGCUCGUGUCGCCGGUGACAAAUCUGCAGACAAGACGGCGAUCUUUGAAAUCUUCUGAUUUCCUAUUCUUUGGUCGAAAAUACAUCUGCAAACGAUCACUGUUGGACCGCUGUCAAAGCUGUCAUCUGUUGCUGCUUGCAGCAUGUUUGAAGGGGAAAUGCUUAAUGCUUCAAAAAGACAUACUGAUGCGCGCCACGCCGGGAUAUGGAAUCACUUGGUAGGCGAGUACACGGGCUGCUUUCCUCAUUUUUCCUCGCACAAUUUCAUUAAAAGGCGUGUAUAACUGUAGGCUACAUUAUUGUCGCUGUGUCAUUAUAUGUUCACUUGUGCUACUGCAGACGCGUGAUAGGCUACAGAACUGCGUGUGUUAUUCCAUUUCUUGCACGAACGAUAUUGUCGCUUUUACGUUAACUCCAGAACAAUCCUUAGACUGCUUUUGAAUUGAUUGUAAUGGUCCUUAUUUUACCAAGUGAGUCUUGCAAUUCAGGACAGAUGCUGAUGAUGGAGCGCGGUGACGAACGGCGGGAGGAGCAGGUUGAAAUCGAUCCGGAUUACGCACCCCAGUGCCGGCCACGCUCCUGUACUUGGCCGCUGCCAUGCCCAGAAGAUUUUAUGGGAGUCGAGGACGGGUACCCUGGUCUCCACUUGUGCUCCAUAAAGGAGGAGUCGGACUAUGUUCCCGCGUGCAGAGUCGAAUGGAGCGGCGGCGUGCCGGCUGAGUCCAAGCAUUCAGCAGUCGCCCUGGCUCCCAGUCCGACGACUCUCUCAAACCUACCCAGGGCCACGGUGAUCGACGUGCAGCUGCGCAAAGCCAAGUCCUCGCGACGGAACGCGUGGGGAAACCAGUCUUACGCGGAUCUUAUCACGCGUGCCAUUGAAAGCGCGCCUGACAGAAGACUCACGCUGUCACAGAUCUACGACUGGAUGGUCCGGUGUGUACCUUAUUUCAAGGAUAAAGGGGACAGCAACAGUUCAGCGGGGUGGAAGAACUCCAUCCGGCACAACCUGUCCCUGCACUCGCGGUUCGUCCGGGUGCAGAACGAGGGCGCGGGGAAGAGCUCCUGGUGGAUGCUCAACCCGGGGGGCGGGAGGACGGGCAAGGCCCUCCGGAGGCGGGCCGUCUCCACGGACGACGGCGCCGGGUGGUGGAGGGGCAAGGGGCGGGGCGGCGGGAAGAGGGCGGGGGGAGGGGCGGGGCCGCAGCCCUCCCCCGAGCGCAGCAGCCCCGGGUCGCGGGGGGGCGGGGUUGGGUGUGGAGGGGGGGCGGGGUUUGACUCCUGGGGCGACGCCCGCUCCCACGACGGCUCCUCGGACUCUGCUCUUGGCGUUCGCCUUUCGCCCAUAACGGCCAAGGAGGAGGAGGAGGAGGAGGAGGAGGAGGCCGAGGGAGAGGGGCUGUCCCGCCCAGCCUCCCCCCCUGCAAACCCCCCUGCUCUGGAGCUGCCCCACCUGGCUGACCUCACUGGAACCAUCAGCCUGGUCGAGGGCUACCCCCAGCUCCCCCUGCCCCCCCAGCAGCUCCCUCAUCACCGGGUCUCCCACUUGUCCUUCAGUCCUGCCUCUGAGAGGCUGCUCUCCCACUGCAGCUCGGUCUACGGCCGGCCCGGCGAGGCCUCGCACCGACAGCCGCCGCCCCGCCCCCUCCAGACCGUCCUGCCGAGCCCCGACCUCGCCCGCGGCCCCGCGCCGGGAUACUCGGGGGCCGCCGCUCUGCAGACCCUGCUCGCCGGGGGCCCGCCGGACUUCGCCAAAAACCUUCGGCUGGGACGGGACGGGCCCGUUCACUCCCUGGGCACCCUGUCCCAUCCUGGGAUGGGCGCCCACAGUGAAGACCUCGGGGACAACCCCAACCAUUGCGGCGGUCACGACCUUGGCCGUAGCCAUAACCACAACCACAGUCUUGAUCUCGGCUAUAGUCGCGUUCCUGAUCGCGGUCGGAACGGCAGUCACCACGACAACCGCGACCUGAGUCACAAUAACCAUGACCGUGACCUCAGUCAUGACCGUGGUCACCACCGGCAACUGGCUCUCUCUCCUAGGCUUACCUCCGGGCUUCUGCAGUCCUACUGCAGCCUAAAAGCCCACGCUCCCUACAGCUCCCCCUCGAAAGCCCACGCCCUGCCCCCCGCCUCUCCCGCCCAGUCACCCGGCCAUCUUUACCAACCCUAUAACGUCCACCGCCAGCAGCAAGACCACUAUUUCCACGCCCAAGGUUACUACGGCUACCACGCCUAUCACUACCCGAGCCAUCCUUACAAGGAGCUGACCGCCGACUCCAGCCUCGAGUUCCUGCACGGCACCUUGGACCGCGGAGUCGAGCCGUUCUUCCUGAAUGACGCCGUGAGCUCGCAGGACGCGGGCGUCGUCGUUCACCCCUCCCUGCCCCAAGGGCGCGGCCUGGGCCUGGGCCUCGGGGGCCUCACUGGCCCUUACCACGCCGGCGCCCAGGACUGGGUGCCAGGCUGAGACGAGCGGCGAGGUCAGAGAGAUCUUCAGCUGCCGGGCUGGGCCGCUCACUCUAGGCGGGGUCCCCGGUUUGUGGUCUGGGUGUGCCUGAAGCUUAACUGUGAUUGGCUGGUAUAGACAUACGCAAGCAUCUGCCAGUCUCAGGCAGACCUGGGUCAAAUACGUAUUCGAUUUGGAUUCAAAUACUGUUCUACGCUUCACUGAUCUUGUCUGGUGUUUUUGAACCAAUCAAAAAGACCAGAGUGGUUUUUGAACCACUGACAAAAAGUCCAAACCCCGCCUUCUGGUCAUAUUGGCAGGCUCAAUUACACCAGGCAAGAUCAAUAGAGCACAGAAAAGUAUUUGAAUUCAAAACAAAUACGUAUUUGACUCAGGUCUGGUCUCAGGAUACCUUUCUUUCUUGCCCUCUGUUGGAACAGACAGUUUACUCAAUUCUGUGUGCCCUCCAUAGUCUAAAUCAUAUUUCAGUUCUGACCUCCCUAGCUUGUUAUGUUAGCAUAUUCACACCAAGGCAGUCAUUAAAAUUUGGGCGGAUUUAUGAGUAACAAUAUGACAGUAAGAUAAAUCCUGUUUUUCUCAUAAUGAUACAUGGGACCCAGAAGAUGUACAUAUUCAUAAAUACACGUUCAUGAAAUGCCUCUAUAGCUAAAAUAAUGGGGUAGUCAAUGAGCAAAUUUAAAUAAGCUUCAAGCACAUGGAGUAAUUUCAUUCAAAGUUUUAUGCCAUCCAGCUAUUUGGCUUCCUAUGAUUUAGCUAGCUUGCUAGCAAGUAAGCUGUCCUGAUACAUUCCUCAAGUUUUUAACAGACCUGGGUCAAAUACGUAUUUGUUUUGGAUUUAAAUGCUUUUCUGUGCUCUAUUGAUCUUGGCUGGUGUAAUUGAGCCUGCCAAUAUGUCCAGUAGGCGGGGUUUGCACUUUUUAAAAAGUAUUUCAGUGGUUCCAGUACACCAGACAAGAUCAGUAAAGCGAAGAAAAGUAUUUGAAUCCAGAAAAAAUACGCAUUUGACCCAGGUCUAGUUUUUAAAAGUUAAUUCUUUACUCCCAUAUGGUUAUGUUCCUUCACAAUACUGAAAAAGGUAUCUCUUAUGGGCAAACCCUGUGGUUGACUAAUUUACACUGUGUGGUGUGAUGAAAUGCAUUUGAAUUGAAGAGGGUAGUCUACAAGCACAGACUGAAGGAUCUUGAAAGAUUCUGAAAGACAGCCACCCCUCCCCCCCCCAACAUGAUCAUUAAUCCAUUAAAACACCAUAGAAGACCUUAAUUCAUAAGACCUUAAAGGCUUAAUUCACCCCAUUGCUCCAGUUCUCUCCACAUCCCUUCCUAGUACCAGGUAAUUUACUGAACAGAACUAGCAGAAGUCCUCUGUAUGGUCUCAGUACAAAGUCAGCUCAGUCAGCUAAUCUGAACCUCAGGUGAACAUCUGAUUCAGAAAAUCAGACAAUCAGAAUUCCAGUGGGCCGGCCAAUCAAAGGCCCAGCCUCCUCUCCUCUGAUCCACAGGCCUUCAUCUGAUUGGUUCUCAGUUCCUUCUCACCGUUCUUAAAGCGACGUGAACAUUGCUGAGACGGAAGGUGGUAUUCGUGAGUAUCCCUUUCCAGGAAAAGCCCUCCUUUCUCGACCUACGAGGCACACGUGGUGACCCUGCGCUCACCGCUAGGUGAUCUGGCAGGGGGCGGGUGGACUGUCCUGCUGAACGAUCCACGCUGAAGGAAGGAGAGCACCGCUCCAGCUGUUUCUGCUUGCACUGGAUGUAAUGAAGUCAGCAACACUGUGAUUGGAUAAAAACAGAUGUUGGUUGUCGGAGGCUGAUGACGUAAUGAAGUCAGCAGCAUUGUGAUUGGAUAAAACAGAUGUUGGGUGUCGGAAGGUUGAUUCGGUUUCCCGGGAGACGGUGAACUGGCUGAGCGUUUUUUUUCGCACAGCCGUGCGUGGGCCCUCGUCCUCGCUCGGACUGGCAGGUU